AAAUCAACUUACUAUUUCCAUUAGUUGUCCCUUGACAUAUCUCAGAGAUGGCAAGCGCAAAGUUAUUAUUCAAACUCUCUUGUCUGGCGCUUUUAGCAACCACCUGGGGUUAUACAUAUAAUAUGAAACAAGUGGGCGUUUGCCUGCAGAUUUUUACCGAAGCCACAGCCGCUGUAGCUGUUCACGCCAUGCCCUUAUUCCAGGAUCUCACCCAAUGCAUCAAGUUCGUGAACUACAUGGAUCUGGAAAACUUAAGCUUUUUAAUGUUCGGCAUGGUGGUCUUUAGUUGGCUGCAAAGCUUGGCUUUGGAAGUCAAUUGCCUUUGGGAAAUGGAAAAUCGGUUGAGGGUUAUCCUGGCUCCGCAUUUGCAGCGACUUCACCAAUACGAAUGUAUGUACUUGGGCUUGCCCUCGGUUUGUAUACCAAAAUGAUGUAGAAGAAAUUAAAUAAAGUUUUAAAACUGGAA